CAUCUAUUAUUUUUAGUGUCCUAACCUCUCUAAAAGAAUUUACGACUAUAAGUUGCUAUAAAUAUAAUUCUCGUGAUAAGUAAAAGCAAGUACUAAGUUGCUAGAUGUCUGUGCAACAGGUGUACACGUCUGCAAACAAUAUUAAGCUGUAAAUACUAAAUAAAUAUUAAAAAUUUUUGGGAAAUUUUUAAAUGGACUGUGGCGUUGUUACACGAGGCACUCGGGUACUAAUCACCGGCCCCCCAUCCAUAGGAAAGACGACAAUAUGUAAAAAAUUGAUCGCGCUGAUGGAGAAUCGAAAUUUUAAUUUUGACGGCUUUUACACUGAAGAGAUUCGAAAUCAAAAUGGCGGCAGAAUUGGUUUUGACGUGGUUCCACUGAAAAAUUUGAAUGGGAGAUCAAUUUUGGCACGCGCUGGAAAUCUGGCGGGCGAAGUUCGAAAUAGAGGCAGAAGAAAACCAACGAUUGGCAAUUACUGUGUUUUCGUUGACGAUUUUGAAAAAACCGCGUUACCAAUUUUCGAUUCGAACACAGACGUGUUAAUAAUCGAUGAAAUUGGAAAAAUGGAAUUGUUAAGUGAAAAAUUCUUUGAAGCAGUGUCAAAAUUAUUUCAAACAAAUUCGAAAUUGCCAUUUAUAAUAGCUACCGUGCCUCUGAUGUCGAAAGUUAAAAAUUCGAGAAAGUACUCUUCGUUUUUCGAGGAAAUCCACAAAGACAAACGGAGCAUAGUUAUCACCGUGAAUUCUCAAAACAGAGACAAAGUUCCUGAACAGAUCCUCCAAAUAAUUUCCUAAUUAUUUAUCCAUAGUAAGGAUUAAUUUAAUUUUAAUAAUAAAUUUAAUUCCUUAUUCAAUAAUCCUACUUCAUUUACGGAUAGCUGCUACUACUUAUAGUAUCUGACCCAAUUUCAGUUCAUUUAACAAUUACAAUUAUAAGGCCCAAAAUAAUGGAUUUAUUAUAAGGCCAAAUAAAUGUUUUACUUCACAGUCGAAAUUAAUAACUAGUAUUCCUAUUUAUGAAAAUACGCAUACAUAUCUUCCGAAGGAAAAUACGUAUAUAUCUUAUAAUAACAAGAACGAAAAGAAAGAUGA